AUGGUCUCGCGAUGGAGAAUGUCGCACUCUUUCGAGCCUGAUGAUUGGAUCAUGACUGCCUGUCUCGUACGCUACCCCACAGCAUCCAAAAUCAAUAACGAAAGAGUCUUGCUCACGAAUGACCGCAGAUAUUAUACGUCCCAUUUUGCGUUAUUGGAACGUACGGUACGUUGUUUCCUGGCGAGUUCAAGCUUGUUUCGGAAAGAAACUGACCUCAUUUUAGUUGGUCGCCUCGCGUUCGGCAGAGACAUCUGGACAGUCGAGCCUGAUGACCUGACCUACGCCCUGAAGCUCUUCUAUAUCGCUCAGACAUUGUACAUGCUGUGCCUCGCAUUGCCAAAAAUCGCCAUCUUGACGUUCUUUCUUCGCAUCUUUCCCAGUCAAGGGUUCCGCAGGGCCACGUACCUUGUCAUUGGUCUGGUUGGUCUUUCUACUACCAUCACAACCUUUCUGCAGAUUUUCCAGUGCACACCAAUACGGUUCAACUGGGAGGGGUGGAAGGGCCAGUUUGGUCAACAUCACUGCAUGAAUCUAAAUGCGCUAGCAUUUGCAUGUGCUGGUCUGAGCAUUCUACAGGACCUCAUCGUACUCGUGUUACCGCUGCCCCAGUUGCUGCGCCUUAAGGUAUCGCGGCGGACAAAGGCUGGAGUCAUCUUUAUGUUCAGUCUAGGCAUCUUCAUCCUCGUCACAUCUUGUAUCAGACUACGAUACAUUAUCGUUUUCGCAAGAUCAUCAAAUCCGACUUGGGAUUAUGUCGACGCCCUCAUUUGGUCAGGGACGGAGAUAUCCGUUUCGAUGAUCGUCGUCAGUCUGCCAGCAAUCCGUUUACUUUUGUCAAAGAUCGUACCUGGCCUGUUCAGCACUAUAGCAUCGCGGACUGGGUGGUCAUCCAAGACUACGAGACAAACCGAUGGGCAAAAUCAAUCAAGCCAACGCUUCUCGCACAGGGACGCUCUACGGCCCGAGGCUGCCGAGAGUGAGCACCCUCAAAAUGAUUUGGAGAAGUGUCAAAGCCAAGGAAGCUACAAGCCGCUCAGACCGCUUUCCAAGGUGUUAAGCUCUGGACUGUAUGAUUUCAACAAUACAUCAGGGCCCGACUUUGGGGGGAGUGAAGAGGCUCUGGAGCUUGGUGAGAGGAUCAAGUGA